AUGUGGUGGACGCGGAACGCUUGGGAUCGCUUCGCCAGCUUCGCCGCUUUCGGCGCGCUCUGCACCCCGGCCUCUGGCACCGGCCUGAGGAGGCCGAGGAGGCAGGGGGCCGAAAGGGCUGUUCUGCUGUCGGCCCUCCGGCGUUGCGGCCGGAACCUCGGAGAGCCUGCUGCAGCGGUCGCGGGCCCACCGCCGCGGCCGGUGCCUGGACCGACUCUCUCUCUCAAAGGAGACUUCUCCUCAGCGGUUGCUGCAGAGGGAGAUGAAGGACCUGUUAGACCGUGA